AUGAGCGAAAUCAAUGCAAGUAAGACGGAAGACUCCUUUGACAACUUUCCCGUGGUAUGCCCGACAGAAACAGAAGAUUCGAAUGAUAGCGUUUCAGUGAGUACAGCCGACACGAGUGGAUCCAAAGUCUAUCUGAAUGUUUAUGACUUGAAUCCAGUCAAUUUCUUCUUAGGACCCGUCGGAAUCGGAUUGUACCAUUCUGGAGUAGAGAUCGAUGGAUUUGAAUACAGCUUUGCAAGUCGAGGCGGAGGAAUCUUCAAGAUUGAGCCUCGCAAAGCUAGAGGUGUUCGUUUCUACCAGCAAAUUGAAAUGGGAAGUAUCGAUGAAGAACAAGGGAUUCAACAGCUGCAACGAGCUUUGGACGAACUAAAAGAUGGCUUUCAGCCGCAAAAAUACGACUUUGUGACAAACAACUGUAAUCACUUUUGCAAUGCUCUUCUUGUCAAGCUACUUGGCAAGGGUCUUCCUGGGCAUGUGAAUCGAAUGUCUUAUCUUUGGACGACGGCUAAUAUCCCCUGGCUGGUCCCCAAGAAUAUUCGCCGAAACGCCCCCGUUGGAGAUAAGAAUCUAGAAGCCUACAAAGGCAUCAUUCCCUUUUUGCGGUCCAUAACAGACGUCUCCAACGUGGUAAUAAGUGAAUGGAUCGACGCUAGUAGCUCAUUAUCGGACGUUGUAUCUACUACUAAGGGUCUUAGCUUGCUCCUUGAUGAUCAGUGCAUCGAAGUUGAGUUGGAUUGA